CGGCGAUGUUGAUUCCAUUCGUGGCCGUCGUCCGGGAUAGACGUGUUUUAUGAUCCGAUCCGAUUCGAUCCGUGCGUCUCUACUUCGUCGUUGUCGUGGUCGUGUCAGUGACAGUUGCAGGGAAAACGCGCCGUCAACGGAAGUUUUUGCUGUUUCGUCGUUGUCGUCGGACUGACAAGUUGUUGGAGUUACGAAAAUGCAAGGAUAUUCGCAGGUGUGAUUCGGAAAUCAGGUGUCCGGGUAUUGGAUUUAAAAUGACAAGUGUUGCGUUUAAACUAAUCUAGAAAUAAAGUUCGGGUACCUCUCAGCAGGAUUGUUGCUACGAAAAACAAGUUCAAUUGUAUGUAAGAUUAUCUAUACAAACGAAACAUAUUCACUGAAAAGCACUAAUAAGGUUGGGAAUAGUGAUAACAAAAGCUAAGGGAAAAUACAUUUCAACAAAACUUGGAACCAUAAAAUUAAAUAUUGAAAAUAUCGGUUCUUACCUCGAAAGUGGUGCAACGUUUCUAUGAAAUUAUAACUGUUCUUCUUCAAAUUCUAAGGAAUUAUACAAGUGAUCUUUGCUGACUUUUCGGGAUUAUUGUUCAGCGGGCUUUCAUAGCCUGCAGUAAGCUGCCAAAAUUUUUACGGACGGAAACAAGCUGGGUUCCGCUACAGCGGGUCGUGGAAUGUUCUGCUACCAUUGUCCCCCGUCUUUGCAUCCGGCCGGUCCACAUCCCCCGCGGCUUCCGACACUGGAGUAUCCCUUCGCGCCGACGCAUCCUUAUACCAGCUACUCCUAUCAUCCGGCGAUUCACGAUGAAAGUUUCGUCCGACGGAAGCAGCGGAGAAAUAGGACCACUUUCACCCUUCAACAAUUAGAAGAACUGGAAACCGCCUUUGCCCAAACCCACUAUCCGGAUGUUUUCACCCGGGAGGAUCUGGCAAUGAAAAUCAACCUCACCGAGGCCAGAGUUCAGGUUUGGUUCCAGAACCGUAGAGCAAAGUGGCGCAAAGCUGAACGUCUUAAGGAAGAACAGCGAAAACGAUCUGAUGGAUCCGAUCCACAGCUGUUAAAUGAUAAAUUGGACACCGACAGUCGGGAUUCGAGUCCGGACAUUACCGGAGAUCCGGAUGAUGACGACGGGAUGCGAAGUCCCAGUGCGCCACCCAUGAGCCCCCGCAUGGAUUCGGAAACGGACCGACCGCACUCGGGUAGCGGCCAGACGCACUCGAUGACCCGGUCCGGGUCCAAUAGUGCCGGAUCGCCGUCGCCAGGAUUGAAAUACUCGCAUCAAUCGGAUCUCAGCCCGACACACUCGGUCACUGCCGAUUCUCCAACCAUCGAAGUGGGAGGACCGAUUUCACUGACCACCUCUAAUCGGGGCUCCGCAACCAAUGACGAUUCCAAUCCCCUGCCGCCAUCUUCCAGCCACGGUCCUAGCUCCAAUGGCCCAUCCGGAAGCUCGGGAAGCUCGGCCUCGUCGAUGAUAGGCCAUAACGGCUCAUCAGCCGCCGCCAGUUUCAGCAAUCAUCUUUUCGGCAGCUUCAGUGAUAGUAAUGGAGGAUUUCGACCUGUGCUCGACAACGGACAACCACGCACAACGCCUCCCCUAUUCUUACCGCCUCACUUGGCUUCGUUGGGAUCACAGUUUGCUCCCCCCUUGUUCCCGAAUCUUAAAGCUGCCUUCCCAAGUCUGUGUUCAUGCUGUCCGGUAAAAUCUCCGAUCACUAGCGGAUCCUCAACGGUCACUCCUUCGCCGACCUGCACAGCAUCUUCGCACUCGGUAACGGCCAACAACAGCAGCACGUCUUCCCCGAUCACCAUGAGCAGUGCCCUCAGCACAGCAUCCGAUCCUCGGUCAUCUUCCGUUGCGGAACUUCGUCGAAAGGCCCAAGAACAUUCCGCUGCUCUACUGCACUCCCUUCAGGCUGCCGCGGCCGCCGGAUUUUCCUUCCCCGGGUUCCAUCUGCCGCCGCUGUCAUUGCAUUCGGCUCUCAGCAGCGGCCGGAAACCAUCCGACUUCAUAAGUGACCUCUCGAUGCACCACCACUUGAGUUCUCAUGCAGCAGCUGGAAUGUCUCUGGGGCUGCCAACCCUCAACAACAACAGCCCCAAUAGCGUUAACAACAACAAUAACAACAGCAAUAGUGGAUCAAACGGAGGAGACUCUUCGCCUCCCAGAAUCAAUGGAGACAAAUCUGGCAAUAGCGAUUAAUCGGCUUCUGAAAUUAUGACAAAUAAUUGUGAUUGUACUGUGUAAAUAUACUUAAAACGUUAAACAAAAAUAGUAGGAUUAAUAGCCUUCAUAACAUAAUCGAUUAGCUCCAUCAACCGUACUAGAGUAAAAUAAUUAGAACUGUAGAAAUUUUUCCCAAAUACAACAACAUUCCACGAUAAAUUGCUACAAAUUAGCUGUAGAUUUAUUCAAAUAAUUUACUUAAUUUUCAAUUUCGUUGAAGCAAUUAGAUCCCGAAUGUAUGUAGUUGGGUCGAGUCAUAAAUAUAGCUGAAAUUUAUUGCACAAGGAGUGAGUCAUGUUAUGUAAAUUAUUCACGGUUAUUUUGUAUCAACUCGUUUCAAAAUAUUUAAUUAAUCUUAAAAAUCAUAAAAAAACGUAAAUAAAACUGAUGAUUUUCGAUCUGAGAAAAAUAUCUUAACUGUAUAUAAAAAAAUAACUGCAAAUCAAAAAUGUAUAGUUAACGCAAUAAUAGAGGAACUUAGAGAUGCGCGACAUUCUCGAAAACACAUACGUUGUAGAAAUUGUACAAUUUGUUUUAAUUCCAAUAACAGCACCAUUAUUGACUGUAUUCAAUAUUAAUGAUAACAUUAUUCUAUUG